AUGAAGGUUCUACUGAUCCUCUCUGUUAUCCUCUGUGGUGCUCUGACCAUCAGGGCUGCAACAGCUCGUUUUGAUUUCUGCCUUGAUGGUUGGCAUAGUUUCCGAGGUAAAUGCUACUAUUUAAGCAACCAUGUUGACACCUGGAGCAACGCAGAGAGCUAUUGUGCUAGCUAUGGUGGCAGUCUGGCCUCAGUCCACAACAUCUGGGAGUACAACUUCCUCCAGCGUUUGGUCAAGACUGGGGCUCACACUUUAGCCUGGAUCGGAGGUUACUACUUCGAGGGCGACUGGAGAUGGGAAGAUGGCUCAGUGUUUGACUAUCACAACUGGGAUUCAGCGAGCUCCACUGACCGUUACCAGUGCCUACAGCUCAACUCUCAAGAGUCCCUGGGCUGGUCCAAUCACGGCUGCAUCAUGCGCUUCCCAUUCGUCUGUCAGGUGAAGCCAAACUGCUAGUCGUCACAGUGUGUGCAAUGCUACCGCUGACUUCUACAGAUGAUACUUGAUGCUGCUGUUCUUUAUAAGACUGCAUACAC